AUGGAUAGAGACGGGGUGAUCAGCAACAAAAAUUCGCCACUGACUGAUCCACCAAUGCUUAGCAACGAAACCAACUAUAUCCCACUACAACUCCUUAAACAAGAAAAUGGGAACCCCAGUUUCGGUGACCAUCUGUACGACACCGUGAAAACAAUCCCAUGGAACUCCCCAUCCCCUUACGCGACGAUUGGCGCCCAGUCAACCACCUCAAACACCAAUGCGCUGACCGCAGAGGAACAGAAGCGCCGCAGUAGACAGACCAUCGGGGUGGUGCUCUUUGGAAUCCUCUUGAUCGGAGCCGCUGCAGCCGCCACCGCAUUGAUCAUCCACUACGUGUUUAUAACAGUCGAAGACAACAAGGACAAUAUUUCAUUAGAUGAUUUUUCAAAUAUUGGACCAAAUAUUACCAAAAUGUCGCCAAAGGAAACAGGAGGAGACGACACCGGAAAUGACGUAAAAUUGGAUGUGUCCGAUCCCGAGACAUUUUCGGUUCCCAGUUCAACAUUACUUCCGUCUGCGGUGGGUGAGAAGGGUCCUGGAUUGUUGCCUAAUGCUACCACAGUGACCGAGGCUACGGAACCACCUCCAAUAGAACCUGUGGUGUUUCCGGAUUACACGUAUGAGAUAGGGCAAGUAGCAAAAAUGCGCUGCAAGGUUAACCGUAUGCAGAUGUGGGACAGUAUAACUAUGAACGGGACCAAAGACAUUCCGGAAUUAGACAAACCAUUUCAUUUUAUGCUGUUAAGUAACAACGAAACCCGUCUUAAUACCAACGACAGUCGCAUAACGUCAGAAGUAACCAUCAAGCAGACCCGGAGCCCGUCAGCCAAGUACGAUGACAUCGAAGUGCUGAUCCACUUCAGUGAGAUUGAGUGCCAGGAUAUGGGGAGUUACGAGUGUUGGGUAGACGGACCGACGAUUUACAAAGUGACCAACACACUGACCGUAAAACGAUACCCUAAGAGUAAACCGAUCUUAGAAAUUCCAUUCGCAAUCAUCGAGAACAGGCCCAUAUCAAUUAAAGGCCGCUGGAGUAGCGGAUUUCCAGAAAGCUACGGAGAACUGAGUUGGUACAUAAUUCCUCCCGGAUCCGAUCGGGAAAACCCCUGGACGGAGGCCAAGAGCACCGACAAUUCUAAAGAUUGCGACAACGAGGCUGCCAGCAUCAUUAACCUGGAACCAACAUUGGAGUUGAACAGAACAAAGAUAAAGAUUCAGCCUCACUUCUUUCCUCAGUAUCUAGAAGAGGCUCAAAAAUACAAAGUGGAAUCUGUAAUCCAAGAAAUCUUAGUUGUUCCUGCAAACUAUUGCGAUGGGAAAGAGAAGAACAUGAAACUGGUUCACCCUUACACUUGUAGACUAUUCAUAACGUGUACAGACAAAAUCAACAUAUACGAGUGUCCAACAGAGACCACGUGUUUUGAUGAGAAGAUCGGAAGUUGUGAAUGA